CUUAUCUGAUCUUAUCUUGCACAUUACGAUGGAUUAUCUAGAUUAUUCCGGAUUUGAACCUGAUUCCACAACAUUUUACGAUCAGAAUAAUGAAAAUUAUGAAAUAGAACCAUGCGAUAAAAUUGAAGGAGAGCCUGAGUCAACAUCUACGCCAGCACUAUUACCCCCAUGUAGAAUUUGUACCAGGAAAGCUUCUGGGUUUCACUACGGCGUAAAUACAUGUGAAGCUUGCAAGGGAUUUUACAGAAGAACAGUACAGAAACUCACUAGAGGGCUAACUCUGCCAUAUAAAUGUGAUCAGGACCAGAAUUGUCCAAUAGAAAAGGAAAGAAACAUGUGUUCAUAUUGUAGAUACCAAAGAUGUGUAGACGUUGGCAUGUCAAAACAAGCAAUAAAACAAGGACGAUAUACGCAUGCCCGUAGAGCACAGUAUACCAAAGAGAUCAAGGGGAUGCCGCUGGCAGAUGUAAAAACAGAACCAGCAGAUUGUAUACGAGUUGACGAAGGCCAACUCAAUUGUUUGUUAAACAAAUUAACGGAGGUCCAGGAAAAGUAUAUUCCUGGCCUUAGAAAACGAUUUCCAAAUCCUGAAGUAUUCCAUGCGACACAUAAAGAAAUUUACGACAGCCAGUGUAUAUUUCGUGUUGAUACAAAGCUACCUUGUCAGUUACCAAAAUGUCUGCCUUGUGAAAAGGUUGAUGCAAUGAAUGAAGACGAAAAAAACAUCAUUAGUGAAAUUAUAACAUCAGGUCUUGAUUCGUUAAUACGUUUCCAGGUGGAAUUUGUAAAAUGCAUUCCAGGAUUUAAAGAUUUAUGCCUCUCUGAUCAAUCAGAACUCCUAAAAGCAACUUUUUGUGAAUUCGGAUAUAUUGGAGAUACCUGCAUGUUUAAUCCUGAUAUGAAAGUAAUGCUUGGUCUUAUUAAUAUGCCUGCUGACAAACUUCAAAUGCAUGACUUGUGUGAACCAGAAUUUAUUGACAGCAUGAUGGAGUAUGCUAGAAAAAUGCAGAACCUGAGAUUGACUUUUGAAGAAAUGACAAUUUUAAGAGGAAUUAUAGUAUUAUCUACAGAUCGAUGUGAGUUGCAGAAUCCAACCAAGGUCGAGGAAAUACAGUGGACUCUCGUUCAAUAUUUACAAUUUAUGACACGACAUUCUAAAAGUAGAUUGUGGACCCUUAUUGGCCAGCUAACAGCUCUACGCAGUUUAAGAUUAGAACAAGUGGUAGGAAAAUUACUAAACAACUUUAAACAAACUAGUCCAUUUAUGAAUAGUUUUCCUGUUAUAAAAGAAGUUAUAGCAAGUGUAGAUCCAAAUGCCUAGUAUUGAAUUGUCUAAUAAAUUCAUAUAUUUUUUUUUAACAUAUUGUUACUUAAUAUAUUAAAUUCUUUUUUGUA